UGAGCAUAUUUUUCUGUGAGCGCUCGUAGUCUCAGUGUUUUUGAUAAAUCCCUGGUCAUUUGAUUCGACGCGAUAAAUAAUAUUCAAGGGGGCCGAGCCCGUUUGAUCCCUGUCAACUUGUCGGCUUGACACACACGUCAAAGAUGGCUGAUAAUAAAGAACCACCACCGCUAUUUGACAACGUUGAUAUCGAUAAAAACGAGGAGAUGGAGGACGACGACGAGGACAUCUUCGCCUCAGCCAUCCAGGAGCAGAAUCCGUUGGGUGGCAGCAAUUCGUACAAUGGAGUGUCUGCGGUCCAGGCGGAGCUGCCCAAAUUAACACUCAGAGAUGCUCCAGAGGACACAUCGUACUCUACUGUCUCCAGUCCAACCCCUGGGCCACUGACCUCUCCACUUGGAUUUGUGCCCAAUGAGAUUGGCGAUCUGCAGGAAGUGCCUAUCAAUGAUAAUCAGAGUUCAGGGGCUGCUGGAGGGAAGCAAAGUCAACAGCUUGAGGAAAUUCCAACAGAAACAACCGAUGCAUUCCUGAAAAUUACCAUAACUUCACCCCAAAAAAUAGGGGAGGGAAUGGGCGCAUAUGUGGCCUACAGAGUCGAAACUAAAACGAACAUGCCAAUAUUCAGAAAACGAAGUUUCAGCGUGAUGAGACGUUUCUCGGAUUUUCUCGGUCUUCACGACAAACUCGUGGAGAAAUAUUUGAGGAGUGGAAGAAUCAUCCCACCAGCGCCUGAAAAGAGUGUCAUAGGAAUGACAAAAAUAAAAAUGUCAGGGGAUAAAAAUCAGGAGCAGAAUUCGAGCUCAACUGAAUUCAUUGAGAGACGUAGAGCUGCGCUGGAGAGAUAUCUGAAUAGAACUGCUGCACAUCCUGUCUUGAGCAUUGAUUCUGACUUCAGAGAAUUUUUGGAAGCUGAUAUGGAAUUGCCAAAAGCCACAAGUACUUCAGCCCUCAGUGGUGCUGGUGUGAUGCGUCUAUUCAACAAAGUUGGAGAGACUGUCAACAAAAUCACAUACAAAAUGGAUGAAACUGAUUCGGAGGGUAAGUGGUUCGAGGAGAAAACCUCUCAGAUCGAUUCCCUCGACACUCAAUUACGUGCGUUGCACUCAGCAGUCGAGACAUUAACGAAUCAACGACGUGAAUUGGCUAAUUGCACUGGAACAUCUGCCAAGUCCAUUGCUGUGCUCGGGCAUGGAGAAGUUGGUGUGUCCCUGGGGAGAGCACUGGCACAAUUGGCUGAGACACUUGAGAAAGUCGAGGUUGUCAGGCGUGCACAGAGCAACAGCGAUCUUUAUCAGUUUGGGGAGAUGCUGAGAGAUUAUGUGGCACUCAUUGGUGCCAUCAAGGAUGUUUUCCAUGAGCGUGUCAAAGUGUUCCAAAACUGGCAGCACGCCCAAAUGAUGCUGAACAAGAAACGAGAGUUGAAAGCACGACUUGAACAGGCUGGACGCAGUGAUAAGACCUCCCAAGCUGCAACUGAGGUCAUCGAGUGGGAGUCAAAGGUGGAGAGGGGUCAAGAGGAGUUCGAUAACAUAUCGAAGAUGAUUAAAAAGGAGGUUGAACGAUUCGAGGUGCUGAGAGUCGAGGAUUUCAAGAAACAACUGACCGAGUACCUCGAGGCGAUGCUCCAGCACCAGAACCAGCUCAUCAAGCACUGGGAGAGCUUUUUGCCUGAGGCACGAGCUGUUGCAUAAGAAGCCAGUUUAUGAUUAAUCGUAAUUAAUUCAGUAGUGAAGCGGUAAAAUCGAAUAUCUCCGAAAUUACGGGAGAUAGCGAAAUUUUCGUUAGAAC